AUGAACCUGCCCCAUUCUCCCGCUUUCCAUCACCCCGCCCCAUUCUCCCGAUUUCCAUCACCCCGCCCCAUUCUCCCGCUUUCCAUCACCCCGCCCCAUUCUCCCGCUUUCCAUCAUCCCGCCCCAUUCUCCCUCCUUCCAUCACCCCGCCCCAUUCUUCCGCUUCCCAUCAUCCCGCCCCAUUUCCCCGCUUUCCAUCACCCCUCCCCAUUCUCCCUCCUUCCAUCACCCCGCCCCAUUCUCUCGCUUUCCAUCACCUCGCCCCAUUUUCCCGCUUUCCAUCACCCCGCCCCAUUCUCCCGCUUUCCAUCACUCUGCCCCAUCAUCCCUCCUUCCAUCACCCCGCCCCAUUCUCCCUCCUUCCAUCACCCCGCCCCAUUCUCCCUCCUUCCAUCACCCCGCCCCAUUCUCCCGCUUUCCAUCACCCCGCCUCAUUCUCCCGCUUCCCAUAACCCCACCCCAUUCUCCCGCUUUCCAUCACCCCGCCACAUUCUCACACUUUCCAUCAUCCCGCCCCCUUCUCUCUCCUUCCAUCACCCCGCCCCAUUCUCCCUCCUUCCAUCACCCCGCCCCAUUCUCCCGCUUUCCUUCAGCCCGCCCCAUUCUCCCGCUUUCCAUCACCCCGCCCCAUUCUCCCGCUUUCCAUCACCCCUCCCCUUUCUCUCGCUUUCCAUCUCCCCGCCCCAUUCUCCCGCUUUCCAUCACCCCGCCCCAUUCUCCCGCUUUCCAUCACCCCGCCCCAUUCUUCCGCUUCCCAUCAUCUCGCCCCAUUCCCCUGCUUUCCAUCACCCCUCCCCAUUCUCCCUCCUUCCAUCACCCCGCCCCAUUCUCUCACUUUCCAUCACCCCGCCCCGUUCUCCCGCUUUCCAUCACCCCGCCCCAUUCUCCCGCUUUCCAUCACCCCGCCCCAUUCUUCUGCUUCCCAUCAUCCCGCCCCAUUCCACCGCUUUCCAUCACCCCUCCCCAUUCUCCCUCCUUCCAUCACCCCGCCCCAUUCUUCCGCUUUCCAUCACCCGCCCCAUUCUCCCGCUUUCCAUCACCUCGCCCCAUUCUCCCGCUUUCCAUCACCCCGCCCCAUUCUUUUGCUUUCAAUCACCCCGCCCCAUUCUCCGGCUUUCCAUCACCCUGCCUCAUUCACCCGCUUUCCAUCACCCCGCCCCAUUCUCCUGCUUUCCAUUACCCCGCCCCAUUCUCCCGCUUUCCAUCACCCCUCCCCAUUCUCCCUCCUUCCAUCACCCCGCCCCAUUCUCUCGCUUUCCAUCACCUCGCCCCAUUUUCCCGCUUUCCAUCACCCCGCCCCAUUCUCCCGCUUUCCAUCACUCUGCCCCAUUAUCCCUCCUUCCAUCACCCCGCCCCAUUCUCCCGCUUUCCAUCACCCCGCCCCAUUCUCCCUCCUUCCAUCACCCCGCCCCAUUCUCCCGCUUUCCAUCACCCCGCCCCAUUCUCCUGCUUCCCAUAACCCCACCCCAUUCUCCCGCUUUCCAUCACCCCGCCACAUUCUCCCACUUUCCAUCACCCCGCCCCCUUCUCUCUCCUUCCAUCACCCCGCCCCAUUCUCCCUCCUUCCAUCACCCCGCCCCAUUCUCCCGCUUUUCAUCAGCCUGCCCCAUUCUCCCGCUCUCCAUCACCCCUCCCUUUUCUCCCGCUUUCCAUCUCCCCGCCCCAUUCUCCCGCUUUCCAUCACCCCGCCCCAUUCUCCCGCUUUCCAUCACCCCUCCCCAUUCUCCCUCCUUCCAUCACCCCGCCCCAUUCUCUCGCUUUGCAUCACCUCGCCCCAUUUUCCCGCUUUCCAUCACCCCGCCCCAUUCUCCCGCUUUCCAUCACUCUGCCCCAUUAUCCCUCCUUCCAUCACCCCCGCCCCAUUCUCCCGCUUUCCAUCACCCCGCCCCAUUCUCCCUCCUUCCAUCACCCCGCCCCAUUCUCCCGCUUUCCAUCACCCCGCCCCAUUCUCCCGCUCUCCAUCACCCCUCCCUUUUCUCCCGCUUUCCAUCUCCCCGCCCCAUUCUCCCGCUUUCCAUCACCCCGCCCCAUUCUCCCGCUUUCCAUCAUCCCGCCCCAUUCUCCCUCCUUCCAUCACCCCGCCCCAUUCUUCCGCUUCCCAUCAUCCCGCCCCAUUUCCCCGCUUUCCAUCACCCCUCCCCAUUCUCCCUCCUUCCAUCACCCCGCCCCAUUCUCUCGCUUUCCAUCACCUCGCCCCAUUUUCCCGCUUUCCAUCACCCCGCCCCAUUCUCCCGCUUUCCAUCACUCUGCCCCAUCAUCCCUCCUUCCAUCACCCCGCCCCAUUCUCCCUCCUUCCAUCACCCCGCCCCAUUCUCCCUCCUUCCAUCACCCCGCCCCAUUCUCCCGCUUUCCAUCACCCCGCCUCAUUCUCCCGCUUCCCAUAACCCCACCCCAUUCUCCCGCUUUCCAUCACCCCGCCACAUUCUCACACUUUCCAUCAUCCCGCCCCCUUCUCUCUCCUUCCAUCACCCCGCCCCAUUCUCCCUCCUUCCAUCACCCCGCCCCAUUCUCCCGCUUUCCUUCAGCCCGCCCCAUUCUCCCGCUUUCCAUCACCCCGCCCCAUUCUCCCGCUUUCCAUCACCCCUCCCCUUUCUCUCGCUUUCCAUCUCCCCGCCCCAUUCUCCCGCUUUCCAUCACCCCGCCCCAUUCUCCCGCUUUCCAUCACCCCGCCCCAUUCUUCCGCUUCCCAUCAUCUCGCCCCAUUCCCCUGCUUUCCAUCACCCCUCCCCAUUCUCCCUCCUUCCAUCACCCCGCCCCAUUCUCUCACUUUCCAUCACCCCGCCCCGUUCUCCCGCUUUCCAUCACCCCGCCCCAUUCUCCCGCUUUCCAUCACCCCGCCCCAUUCUUCUGCUUCCCAUCAUCCCGCCCCAUUCCACCGCUUUCCAUCACCCCUCCCCAUUCUCCCUCCUUCCAUCACCCCGCCCCAUUCUUCCGCUUUCCAUCACCCGCCCCAUUCUCCCGCUUUCCAUCACCUCGCCCCAUUCUCCCGCUUUCCAUCACCCCGCCCCAUUCUUUUGCUUUCAAUCACCCCGCCCCAUUCUCCGGCUUUCCAUCACCCUGCCUCAUUCACCCGCUUUCCAUCACCCCGCCCCAUUCUCCUGCUUUCCAUUACCCCGCCCCAUUCUCCCGCUUUCCAUCACCCCUCCCCAUUCUCCCUCCUUCCAUCACCCCGCCCCAUUCUCUCGCUUUCCAUCACCUCGCCCCAUUUUCCCGCUUUCCAUCACCCCGCCCCAUUCUCCCGCUUUCCAUCACUCUGCCCCAUUAUCCCUCCUUCCAUCACCCCGCCCCAUUCUCCCGCUUUCCAUCACCCCGCCCCAUUCUCCCUCCUUCCAUCACCCCGCCCCAUUCUCCCGCUUUCCAUCACCCCGCCCCAUUCUCCUGCUUCCCAUAACCCCACCCCAUUCUCCCGCUUUCCAUCACCCCGCCACAUUCUCCCACUUUCCAUCACCCCGCCCCAUUCUCUCUCCUUCCAUCACCCCGCCCCAUUCUCCCUCCUUCCAUCACCCCGCCCCAUUCUCCCGCUUUUCAUCAGCCUGCCCCAUUCUCCCGCUCUCCAUCACCCCUCCCUUUUCUCCCGCUUUCCAUCUCCCCGCCCCAUUCUCCCGCUUUCCAUCACCCCGCCCCAUUCUCCCGCUUUCCAUCACCCCGCCCCAUUCUUCCGCUUCCCAUCAUCCCGCACCAUUCCCCCGCUUUCCAUCACCCCUCCCCAUUCUCCCUCCUUCCAUCAUUCCGCCCCAUUCUCUCACUUUCCAUCACCCCGCCCCGUUCUCCCGCUUUCCAUCACCCCGCCCCAUUCUCCCGCUUUCCAUCACCCCGCCCCAUUCUCCCUCCUUCC